UGGCGCUUCAGUCUGUUUCGCUCUCUUCAGCUGCGGCCUCCGCUAUGUGGCUGGCUCUUAAGAGAUCUGCUCGCUUCUUUCUGCUCCUGGCCUCCAUAUGCAGGGGGCUCUCGUCGGGAUCCCAGGAGUUGCGCUACCCGCCUAAACGAAUAGCUGUAAUUGGAGCUGGCAUUGGGGGCACAUCUGCAGCCUACUUUUUGCGCCAGAAGUUUGGAAAGGAUGUUCUGAUUGAUGUAUUUGAAAGAGGGACUGUUGGUGGCCGUCUGGCUACUGUCAACCUGGAAGGAGAAGACUAUGAAGCAGGAGGAGCUGUCAUCCACCCUCUUAACCUGCACAUGAAGCAUUUUGUCAAAGAAUUAGGACUUUCUGUUCCUAAAAGCCAAGGUGGCCUCAUGGGCAUUUACAAUGGAGAUGAGUUUGUCUUUGAGGAGAGUAGCUGGUACAUCUGGAAUUUUGUCAAGCUCCUGUGGCGUUAUGGACUGAAUCCAUUACGAAUGAACAUGUGGGUGGAGGAAAUUCUGGACAAGUUUAUGAGGAUCUAUCGGUAUCAGUCUCAUGACUACACCUUCAGCAGUACAGAAGGUUUGCUUCAUGCCCUUGGAGGGUCUGAAUUUCUUCAGAUGCUGAAUCAGACCAUUGAUGAAUCCAUGCAAAAGUCUGGCUUUUCUCACAAGUUCAUCAAUGAGAUAGUAACGUCAGUCAUGAGAGUAAACUAUGGCCAAGGUACCAAUAUCAAUUGCUUCGUAGGUGCUGUAUCUUUAGCAGGUGCUGGUAAUGGACUUUGGUCAGUAGAAGGUGGCAACAAACUGGUAUGCACGGGUCUUCUCUAUGCUUCUAAAGCACAGUUGAUUCCUGGCACAGUUAUUUCAAUAGAGGAGAGGACAAGGCAAAAUGGACGUUCAGGUGAUACUGUGAAGCUGUAUGAAGUGACUUACAAUUCUACAUCAGGAUUAGCAAGAGAUGCAUACAACAUUGUUCUGAUUGCAACCCCCUUGAACCGUAAGAUUGCCAACAUAACAUUCCUCAACUUCAACCCACCAAUUCCGGAGUUCUCCAACACCUAUCACCAGACUGUAGCAACAUUUGUCCAUGGUCAGAUCAAUGCCUCUUUCUUUGGCUACCAGGACCCUUCCUACUUCUAUUUAAAUGGCAUUUUCACAAUGGAGAAUCCAAAGCUGUUUAUAAAUAGUAUGGGCACUGUGUCUCCAGUUAAGGACAGAAAAAAUGUAUUGAACCCAUUAUUGGGCCCUCAAGUUUGGAAAAUUUUCUCACCCCAACCCCUCACUAAAGAUCAAAUGAACUUGCUUUUUCUAUCCUAUGAUACCACUAGCGUAAAAACAUGGCUAGCGUACCCACACUACAGCCCUCCAAACAAAUGCCCACCUAUCAUCCUUCACAGUAGAAUGUACUACCUCAACAGCAUAGAAUGGGCUGCAAGUGCCAUGGAAAUGAGUGCAAUUUCAGCAAAAAAUGCUGCUCUUCUGGCUUACCAUCACUGGUAUGAAAAUACAGACAUGAUUGAUCAGGAAGAUUUGCAUGAAAGACUCAAAACAGAACUCUGAGUUGGAAUCCUCAUUGUUCGGAAAAACCUAUCUUAAAGACUGCUAUUGGUAUUACACUGAAACUAAUCUUUGAGGCUGAAUGUUCCCGUCCCCCGGGGAAAAAACAUUUCUGGACUAUUUUAAGAACACUUGGUAACUGAAAAA